AUUCAGAAUGCAUACCGCAUUCAAGCACAAUAAUGAUGCUUCAAAUAGAUUCCACAACGUAAUCGCCAUAGUUCGUUGGAUGUUUAAUUCAGAAUAAUAAAUAUGAACAUUUAAAAAUCGUCCAAAUCAUUUAUUUGUUGACAAGUAGCAGCCAAAGGAAAUCGAAAAUGACAAGUCGACAAAAUACGUCAAUCAAAAUGUGACAUGGAACAACAAAUAGACGGAAUGGAGUUCAUAGAACUGGACUAUACAUUUUACAUAACCUAGAAUCAUUUUUAAAUAUAAAAUAUAAACAUUUUUAAUUGUAUUCAGAAUUUCUUGUAAUGUUUAGACGUAUAAGUUCAAAACCAAUUUUCAACUCGAUUUGCAGCUCCAGGGAGCAAUGCUUCACCGGUAAAAACUGCUAUCGCAACUACGCUAGCCCGCCGAAGAGGUUUUACAAAAACACAAACAUUUUACGUAGCGAUAAGAAAUUCGAAAUAAUUUUGGAUCAACGAAAAUUAAAAACGCCAAAGGGAAACAUUUUCGCUGUGGAGAGCGAACCACUUGCGUUAGCGAUAGCCACAGAAUGGAACUUGCAAAAAGAUAAAAUUAUACAGAGCAAAAUGCAUCUGACAACUCUAUGUAACACCGUUAUAGACAACCCAAAUAACUUAACAAAAUAUGAUAUUGUCGACUAUAUUGUCAAUUAUUUGGACACAGAUACUGUUCUCUACCAAGGCAAUGAAGACGAGAAACUGUUGGAGCUGCAAGUGAACGAAUGGGACCCUCUUAUCGAAUGGUUCAACAAAAGAUUUGGGCUGCAUUUGAAGAAAUCCAUUCAAAUGGAUGUGCCGCCUGUCAGUGAUCAAGAUAAAGCUGCAUUGACAAAGCAUCUGACGUCCUAUAAUUUUGCCGCUAUAAAUGGUUUCAUGUACGGAGUGGACACCUUGAAAUCGGUGGUGCUCACUUUAGCAGCCACAGAAAGAUUCAUAACUCCUGAAAAGGCCGUUUUACUAUCACGCUUAGAAGAAGAAUAUCAGUUAGGGCACUGGGGUAGAGUUGAAUGGGCGCACGAUUUAAAUCAACAAGACCUUCAAGCUAGGUUAUCAGCAGUUGUUUUAUUUGUAUAUUUCAAUUCACAGAGCAAUAAUGUACAGUCGAAAAUAUAAAACAGUUAUUUUUUAA